UACCCACCUUUUCUUUUUCUAUGCACUAUCGGAGCUUGAUACCUAGUAGCCUCCGACUCCAAAUUUUCUCUGAUGCGAAAGUUCAACAUUGAACAUUUGAACUUCGUCGAUUCGCAACUUUCUUUAUCCUUCUCCAGGUCUUUAAGAGAAGAACAUAUAUCUUUUUAAUACGCACUGUCAACACUUAACAUUGCUGUAUAAACUACAAGAUCUGUAUAUGCAACUGUUUAAGUUAUAAUCUCUUUUCAAACAGCCUACCUUACCAAGAAUAACCAUGAUUCGUAAACAAGCACGUCAACGCCGUGACUAUCUGUAUAGGAGGGCUUUACUAUUGCGCGACUCAGAAAUCAGUGAAAAAAGGGCAAAACUUAGAGCAUCUUUAGCCACCGGCAGGCCUUUAGAUCCAUCUAUCGCAAAUGAUAAGGACUUAAGGAAAGACUUUCAAUUUGAUGAAUCGCGACCCGAGCGAAGCACAAACGAAGAAUUAGAUCUCGACGAUGAAUAUUCACAGCUUUCUGGGAUAGUUGAUCCUCGAGUUCUCGUUACCACCUCAAGAGACCCAUCCGCUCGCUUGUCAGCAUUCGCCAAGGAAAUUCGACUGUUGCUCCCCACUGCCAUCCGACUGAAUCGCGGGAAUUUAAUCCUCCCAGACCUCGUCAGAUCAGCACAGGCCGGUGGUCUUAGCGACUUGCUUCUUCUCCAUGAGCAUCGUGGUGUUCCAACAGCGUUGACGUUGUCCCACUUCCCCCAUGGGCCAACAAUAUCGUUUUCUCUGCACAACGUCGUGUUGCGUCAUGAUAUCCCUAACAGCAUUCGAGGAACCGUUAGCGAGUCGUACCCACACUUGAUAUUCGACGGCUUUACUUCUCGUCUUGGUGAGAGAGUCGUUAAGAUUUUGAAGCAUAUAUUCCCACCCCGUGAGCCCCUCACAACUAAGGACAAGCUCGGGAGUCGCAUAGUUACAUUUAAAAACAUAGAAGAUUCGAUCGAAGUGCGACAUCAUGUUUUCGUAAGGACCGGAUACGAUAGCGUUGAGUUGUCCGAAGUUGGUCCCCGAAUGACGAUGAAGGUUUUCGAGAUCCGAAGUGGUACGUUGGAGAACAAAGAUGGCGACGUCGAGUGGCAUUUGAAUCAGUACACAAGGACUAGCCGCAAGAAGGACUACCUUUGAGCCCCUACAAACCUGGGUACUUUUGAAGCAUGUUCUACGGCCUCAGACGAAUACAUGGCGCCAUGGAGAAUGGUGCACCUCCAUUCGGAUCCAGGCAAACCUCCAGAUGA